AGAAGCACACACCUCCUUUGUGCAGAGGACAUAGAUGCACACAUCUGUCACAUCAACGAAAUGGCCUGCACCGUGAACUAUGAGCAGAACUAUCCGUUUCCACAGGUGUUCCUUGUGGAUGGAGGAGGAGGACCACAGCACUCUGCUCAGCCUCCAAGUCUUGUGCCCUGCUGGUCCUUCCCUCCUUCCCAGGAGAGAGUCAGGAGCCGUGGGAAGAGCAAGGGCUGCAUGGGAGUCAGCCCCGGUCUGGCAUUGCUCGUGCUGUUUCUGUUCCUGCUUGUGUUUGCAGCCCUGGGAUUUCAAGCCUUUAAGAUUGUCAAGAUAGAGAAUCAACUAAGAGACGGGAGUGGAGAGGUGAGCGAACAUGUGGCUGAGGUUAAAGUACCCCAGAAGCAAAUCGGUCUCGAUAAUUAUGGAUUCAACGGACAAGAUGAAAGCAAAAGAGCUGCAGCUCACGUGAUCGGGCGGAUUGAAAAGAGUGAAUUCCGUGAGACUCUGAGAUGGGAUUCGAAGAUAGGUCAGGCCUUCACUUCUGGAGCAGUAGCUUAUCUGACUGCAGAUGGUGCUCUGCAGGUCAAUGAGACCGGAAUCUACCACAUUUACUCAAGAGUCGAGCUGAUCUUUAAGCACUGCUCCCUCACGUCCUCAUUUGAUCACACUGUGUUUGUGAGGAGAACAGGACAUGCCCCACCUCUGACCCUGAUGAAGGCCCACAGAGCGGGUUUCUGUCCUCAGCAGCCGAGGUACUCCUGGACCACAGAGAAUUACCUCGGCUCAGUCCAGCGCCUGAAUAAAUAUGACAGGGUUUAUGUGAAUGUUUCCCACCCGAUUUAUCUUAGUCACUCACAUUAUGGCAACUUCUUUGGUCUGUACAAGAUCUGAAGAGUUUGUGGUGUUGGGUUUUGUGUAUUGUGCAGAAAUUCUACACCACUGAAUGCAAACAGCUCAAAACAGGUCAGAAUAUCAGGAGUGAAACUUACUCAUUACUUUACCCAAGAGAUACAUUGAAUGUCUAUCAUACACAAUAACCACCCUCACAGCAUAAUCUUCUCUGUGCUGUUAAAAAUGCAGGGAACUACUGCGCACACUCUUGAUUGGCAGCUUAAAAGAGGCGGCGACAUUUUUAUUAUUUUUUUAAGUAUUGUGUAGAUAAUAAGAGUGUCACUUAACACUAAAUUGUUGAUUUAGUCGUAGCAUUGUUUUUAAUAUUUAUUUUUGGUGUUUAUCUGUCGGUUAUGGUGCCUAAAUAUAUG